AUGCUUGGCCGCACAGUUGGCGCGCUCGCCGCCCUCUCGCUAGGCGCAAACGCCAUUCUUCUCCCGCCUGGUAUCAGCAAGAUCUCCGACUCCCGCAGUGGAGCUCUGGGACUCUCUCUCGACCCCAAGUCUCAGGCCGUCAAGGUCCACUGUUCGGGAUGCGUCUUUCCCUCGCGUCAGCAGGAGUCGGUGCAGGAGAAGGGCGAUGAUGAUAUUGUCUGGAUCCAGGGCGGCUCCAAGGACGUCGUCUUCAACUUCACCAUUGACGACAACGACAAAGACCUUUUGCUGAAUGGCGUCAAGGUCUAUCCCGUUGAUGGCACUUUCACAUUCGAUGAACCCACCGUUGGACAGAUUCAAUCAUCAGCCUCCCUAUCUUACGUCAAGAACAACCCGGAGCAGAUCACACCCCUCCGCGUCUCAUCGUCUGGCAUGAGUGUACACGAGGAGACUGUUUCUUCCCUCCACGAUGUGCUUGUCAGCAUCAACUACCAGGUCGGCGAGCUAGAGUCACAGCCUAUGGCCAUCGACGCCGUCGACCUCAAGCUUCUCAAGGGUGCCGACGGUUCGCUGAUGAUCAUCUCGGUCGAUGCCGCUCCACCCAAGCACCCCUUCGGUACCACUCCUCCGUCUGGUAUGACAUCCAAGGACUGUGGCAUGCUGCCCGCUGCUCUCUGCAAAUGGAAGUCUGUUGUUGAAGACAAGAUUUCUGACUUCAAGCCCAGCAUGCCUCAUGCAUUUGGUGGCUGUGGUGGCCGUAAGCCUCCUCACAAGUUACCAGGCCACAUCAAACCUCACUUUGAGAUGCACUCCGACGCCCCCAACGCUGGCGACCGUCCUCACCACCCUCACGGUCCUGGUUCUCACCCCCGUCCUCAUCACGGUCCCCACGGUCCUCACCAUAGACCUCACCACCACAGACACCACCACUUCCUCCCUGCCUUUGUUCACGCCUUUGUCGCAGUUCUGAUUCCCGUCAUGGCUGGUGUGACCAUGGGCAUGGUAGUCAGCCUGAUUGGCAUGCUCGUUGGUCGUUUGAUCUCAUUCUUGUGGAUCAAGUUUGGACGCGGAGGUCAGCGCGGCUACGCCAGUGUCGCUCAGUCCGAACAAGACACCGAGAGCGUCGAAAAGGGCAUCGUGGUUGUUGAGAACAACGUCCAUGAGGAGCCUCUCCCCAAAUAUGAAGAUGCUCCUGCAUAUGACGAGAAAGAUCAAGAGUAG